AUGCGCCAGGUAAAGACCCAAAGACAAAUAGAAGAGGCCUAUCGGCAUCUAUACCCACAGCUCAGCUACCACCCCCUAAUUCUCCCUAAGGUCAAUCCCUCUGAACUGGACCCCCAGACCAUGUCCAUACUAGAAGCUACUUUUGCGCUUUUGAAUACCACCAACCCCAACUUAGCACAGGAUUGCUGGCUCUGCCUUCCUCAAGGACCGCCCCGCCCUAUAGCCAUCCCCACCUUCGCCAAUUUAGACAUCAACGAACGAUGUAACCCUACUUCACUCCCCGAGCCGUUCCCCAUACAAUUUUCAAAAUUUUCAACCACCUUUAAUACCUCAUGCUUUGUCAAGAACGAUUCCCUCUCUAACGCCAGUAUUGACUGGGGAAUCCUUUCAUCCACUGGAUGUAGUCAAUAUAUCCCCGUGAACUCCUCCCUCUGUAGUCCUAAUACCACUGUCUUUGUCUGUGGAAAUAACCUAGCAUACACCUAUUUACCCCCGAACUGGACAGAGGUCUGCACCCUAGCCACCCUCCUCCCCAAUGUAGACCUGAUCUCGGGAGACACCCCAUUGCCCAUUCCCAGCUUUGACCUCUGGGCAGGGAGAACCAAACGAGCCAUUACAGUCCUACCCCUCCUGGUAGGAUUAGGAAUUACAGGAGCUGUGGCCACAGGGAGUACAGGUCUUGGGGUCUCCCUUCACUCCUAUAGUCAGCUGUCUAGGCAAUUAAUAGAAGAUGAUGUAGAAACUCUCUCUGGGACCAUUCAGGACUUACAGGACCAAUUAGAUUCGCUGGCCGAGGUGGUCCUACAGAAUAGGAGGGGCUUAGACUUGCUGACAGCUGAACAGGGUGGGAUAUGCCUCGCCCUAAAAGAAAAAUGUUGUUUCUAUGCAAAUAAAUCAGGCAUUGUAAGAAUCAAGAUCCACCAGCUCCAGGAAGACCUAGCUCGCCGCCGGCAAGAAUUAGCGGAUAAUCCCCUUUGGUCAGGAUUUCAUGGGAUGCUCCCCUUCCUCCUCCCCAUCCUGGGCCCUCUACUAUGCCUCCUUCUCCUCCUCACUAUAGGCCCCUGUAUACUCAGUAAAGUCAUCGAUUUUGUUCGCGAAAGAAUAAAUACAGUCUAGCUAAUGAUAUUAAGAACACAAUAUCAGCCUUGCGAGGCCUCAGAAAUUGAAGAAACUGAGCCUUGAGGACCCAAGAUUGGCUCCUCUGGUUCAUGAGAAAGGGGGGAAUGAGGGGGCUAUGUUCUACUUUGGUGGGAAUAGGACUGAGUUGACGCCCUGCAUUCAAUUUGUGCCUUUCCUGGAGUUUCUUUUCUGUUCCUCCCGGAGGAGAAGGGCCGAAAAAGGGCCAUUCCAGGGCGCGGCGCUGGGCUUGCCACAUUUGGGAGCGCCGCCUGAAGUUGGGCGCACAGCCUCCCGCCGCCCUGCCGUUGGGCUGGUGGAGGCCGCAGCACUGCUAGGGUUGCAUCAGUCUUCCUGUUUGCACUAUUUCUUUUUGUGACCA